AUGAUUGUUCGACAAUUAUGCGUGCGGCAGAGCCGCCAAUUUGCUCUCAACCGACACACUCGCAUCUUGAGCCGACUCUCCUCGACAGGAGCUCCUGUCGAAACCGCAGAACAAACCCCCGCAAAAGAAGUAACGCAGCAGCCAGCUUCAUCUGCCAGCGCCGUGAGUGAGGCAGGAUCAGUAGCAUUGUCGGCUAAGGAGGCGUGGCGCAAGCGCGAAGUGCAAAGACACAAGUUUCACGCCCUCGGUAGUGAUGUAGCAGUUGAAUACCAGCCAGAAGAUCUGGUCCGAAAUCCCCCUCGACCCUCCGAUAUCACCCUAGAAUUGCUCCUCGCAUCCCAAACACACCUCGGCCAUUCUACUUCUCGCUGGAACCCGCAGAACUCGCGCUAUAUCUUUGGUAUUCGAGAAGGUGUUCAUAUUAUUUCGCUUGAUGUAACUGCAGCGUACUUGCGGCGUGCAGCCAAGGUUGUGGAAGAGGUUGCUGCCCGAGGUGGAUUGAUUCUUUUCGUCGGCACACGAAAGGGCCAGAAACGGGCGGUUGUCCGGGCCGCGGAGCUGGCCAAAGGCUACCACAUUUUUGAGCGUUGGAUUCCUGGCAGCUUGACCAAUGGACAACAGAUCUUAGGCCAUUGCGAUACCAAGGUGGUAAAUGCGUUUGACGAAGAAUUGCCGGAAUUCAAGGAUCUUCGGACGGAUCAGCCGGCCAUCAAGCCGGACCUUGUGGUGUGCUUUAAUCCCGUUGAAAAUGUUGUCUUGCUGCACGAGUGCGGUUUGAACAAUGUUCCAACCAUCGGCAUCAUCGAUACGGAUGCCGACCCAACUCAAGUGACUUACCCCAUUCCUGCGAAUGACGACAGUUUGCGUUCCGUGGCUGUCAUUGCUGGCGUUCUGGGAAGGGCCGGAGAGGCAGGCCAAAAACGGAGACUUGAGGAGGCGAAGAAGGGCAGGAUCACACACCGACUCCCUACACUGAAGGAGCUCGGCAUCAAGCUUCCAGAGAAUAUGGUUGAGACCGCCGAAAACAAGCAAUGA